AACUCGAUCAAGCAUACCGAGACGCCGCCCAAGAUGGCCAAGAAAGCGAAGUCCCGUACCAUUGCCGUCCGGCUGAUCUCUAUGGCCAUGACGGGUUACUACCGCACGAUGAUCCGGCCCCGUGUACACCGUCCUCUCAGCAUGAUGAAGUACGACCCUGUCGUUAAGAAGCAGGUGCUUUUCCUUGAGGCGACCAAGGGUGGAAAGAAUAAAUAAGCUAUUCGAUUCUGGAUAUGGGUUCCGCUCGGCUUUUCUUU